AAUCCGCAGGAGGCAAACCAAAACAGACACUAAGCUUUCCUUACGCUGAUAUACACCCUGGAAAGAUCCACUACUUAAACAAUUGCGAUCUUAAAUUGAAAUUUACCAUAUUUUGAAAAUGAUCGGCCGUUAUAUUCUUGGUGUCAAACGUCUACAAAGGUCCGAUCUUUCAUAUUUAAGACGGUUGUCUAAUUCCCAAUUCAAUACCCCACCGCCGCCUACAUAUUUCGCUAAUGACCUCCACCCCAAGGCCUCUAAGCCGCCUUCAGGAACGACGGGAAGCGUGUACAAGGGCUUUGAGCGCAAAGGUCCGGAAUUUUCCUCUGACCGAACCCUGGCGAAUCCCUCGCCCUCUGUGUUGAACACAUUCGGCACGCCAGCUGCGCCUACAAGUACCACGCCGUUUGCUCCCUCAUCCGAUAACAGCAGUGCCGGAAACAUAAAACCUAGAGAGUUGUUUACAUUGGUAUUCUUUGUGGCUGCCUUGUCUGGAUUAUACAUCGAGUAUGAAAGGCAGAGCAAGGAGUUUGAGAGAAGGUUGACAGACCAGCAAACCACGUACCAAAAAAACUUGAUUCAGAACUUCAACAAAUACCAGCAGCACAAGAAGCAACGCGACAUGCUAUUCAUGAAGAAGGACAAGGAGCAUAUGAAAUUGGAGAUGAAAUUGUCCAUCCACGUGGGGUUGUUGCGCAAGCAAUUGCAGGAGGCCGGUAUUGACCCGGUGUCAAUCGAGAAGGCCAUUGAGCAAUAUGAACGAGACGUGAAGAUUGGAAGCACCUUAACCAACGGCUCGUUGUUGUGGGUUGAUGACGCAUCAACGGUUAGGCCGUUUGUGCCCCAUUUCAAGGAUUAUGAAAAGAAGGGUCCCAACCAUUAGGGGUAGCGUUAUCGCUAACCUGUGAGAUAACCGGUUCAUCUAAAUAUAGACUGUCAUAUGCAUCGCUAAGAAGGCUUUAAUUUAUUCCAUCAACAACGAGCCUAGCCAUGUAGCGAAAUACUCGUAUACGAUUU